AUGGCGGUACAACGAAACCAGGUUGGUUUCGUCAAAGGAAGACUGUUGUGUGAAAAUGUCUUAUUAGCUUCUGAGUUGGUCUCUGAUUUCAACAAGGCAGGUCCGAUUUCCAGAGGUUGCCUGCAAAUUGACAUCUCUAAGGCUUAUGACAAUGUAGAUUGGGGGUUUUUACUUCGCCUUUUGGAAGCAUUCGAGUUGCCGGAAAAUUUCAUUGAGUGGAUUAGGCUCUGCAUCACCACUCCCCACUACUCUGUUGCUUUAAAUGGGGAACUGGUUGGUUUCUUCAAAGGAGGGAAGGGCCUCAGGCAAGGAGACCCUAUUUCGUCGUCGUUAUUUGUUCUGGUCAUGGAUAUUCUCUCCAAGUUACUAGAUCAAGCUGUGAGAGCUGAUAGGAUCAAGCCUCAUCCCAAAUGUGUAGAUCCUCUUAUUACACAUCUGAGUUUUGCGGAUGACAUGCUUAUCUUCUUCGAUGGAUCAAGCCAAUCUCUUCAGGCUAUUCUAGAAGUUCUAUCUAGCUUCCACAGUUACUCUGGUUUGGGGUUGAACGCAGGGAAGUCUUUUUUGUUCCUUGAUGGGAACUCUCCGGGUUUAAAUAAUUCAAUUGCUGGAAACUUUGGUCUUGUUCCAGGGUCGCUCCCAGUGAAAUAUCUAGGGUUACCGCUCCUUCCCCAUAAAAUGAGAAGACAAGAUUAUCAACCUUUAAUUGACAGGGUCAUCGCCAGAAUCUCUUCUUGGCCAGUUAAGAGGUUAUCUUUCGCGGGAAGGCUCCAAUUGAUUCAGUUGGUUCUUUCAAGCAUGAUAAACUUCUGGGCAGCAGUGUUUCCUCUCCCCUCAAGCUGUAUCGAAAGAUUGGAGAAGAUUUGUAAUGCUUUUUUAUGGAGUGGAGCCCCGGAAUCAGCACGAGGUGCAAAGAUUGCAUGGGAUUCAGUUUGCUCUCCAAAAGCUGCGGGUGGACUAGGACUAUGA